AUGGUACGCCUCUUACUAGACUUCGUUAGUCUGAUAGAGAGGGGUGGGAAUGCACUCAAUAAUGUCGACUUGGAUUCCCCUUUCUCGCGAAAAAAAAAUGCGCUGAGGUUUGGAGAAAGCAAUAAAUUGGUGGCAAAUGAAAACAUUGUGAAUCCUAAUUCCCAAGUAGCUAAAGAAUCUGUUCUACCUCCAUUGAUUAGAAUACUUAAAGCUUCAGCACAGCAGACUAAAACGGGUUUUCACUUUCCUGGACAGCUUGAUAGAUUUUAUGCACCAGUUGGACCUCUUCUUGAAGCAAAAAAGCAAGCAGCACAGGUUUUUGGAGAGAAAGAAACCUGGUUUCUCGCAGCGGGCACGAGUUGUGGUAUCCAGGCAUCGAUUAUGGCUACUUGUUCGCCAGGAAAUACUAUCAUCCUGCCAGGAAAUGCUCAUCAUUGCUGGAGUUAUACUUUCUGGAGCAGUACCAAAGUAAAGACUGCCAUGGAGAGAUCGGAAUUGGAAUUGGAGGUCCGGAAAGUGGCUGCAGUGUUGUCGAUGAAGCUCACGGAGCUCACUUCCAAAUUUCACCCAGAUUUGCCCAAUACAGCCCUCAAACAAGGAGAUAUUAUAGACACAGACAGACUACACAAAUAUCUGCAUACCCUUCAAACCACCAGUACAAAUUGGCGCCUUUUGUCUUCACUGGAUGCUGCUAGGCAUCAAUUAAGCAAGAACCCAAGAGAUAUUUUCAACAGAGCAAUGGAAUUGGCUGCUGAAGCCAAAACUUUGAUCAAUAAAAUCCCUGGAAUUCAGUUCUUAAUCCUCCAANAAAAUCCCUGGAAUUCAGUUCUUAAACCUCCAAAGCCUUGCCCAAUUUCCUCACCUCUGAUCCUUUGCGUAACACCAUCUGUGUCUGGAAACUCGGCCUCUCGGGUAGUCGGGUUUCAAAGCUAUUGA